AUGACAGCCAUGGCCUCCGCACUUGCUUCUCGCCAGGUCCUCUCAGGCCUCUCCUUCAGCUCUACCGUCAGAGGCACCGAGCUCGCCACCCGCAGCCUCCCCGCCGUUCCCCAACUAGCAGCUCCCCGCGGACUAGGCGUCACCGCGCUCUUCAGCUCGCGCAAAGCCGCCGUCCCCGCUAAGAGCGUCCCCGCGACGAAGAUGCGCAGAGAGGACGGCAUCUUCGGCACGUCGGGCGGGUUCGGGUUCACCAAGGCGAACGAGCUGUUCGUGGGGCCCGUGGCCAUGCUGGGCUUCGCGGCGUCGCUGCUGGGCGAGGCGAUUACUGGCGCGGGCAUUCUGUCGCAGCUCAACAUCGAGACGGGCAUCCCCAUCACAGAGACCGAGCCGCUGCUGCUCUUCUUCAUCGCCUUCACCGUGCUCGGCGCCAUCGGCGGGCUGGGCGACCGCGGGCGAUUCGUGGACGACGAGCCGGUGGGGCCGCCCGUGAAGCGCGGCAGCAUCAAGGCGGCGCUGGGGCUGAGCGAGGACGGGCCGCUGUUCGGAUUCACCAAGGCGAACGAGCUGUUCGUGGGGCGGCUGGCGCAAUUAGGGUUUGCGGCGAGCCUGAUCGGCAAGGUGAUCACGGGCAGGGACGCGCUGGCGCAGCUCAACAUCGAGAUCGGCGUGCCCGUGUGGGAGCUCGAGCCGCUGCUGCUCGCCAGCAUCGCCUUCUUCUUCAUCGCCGCCAUCAACCCCGUCCCCGUCGCACUCUUCGUCUGGCCUAUCCCACUCUCAAUUUUCAGUCACAACAAUUAA